AGCGCGGCUGGGGCGCAGUGGCGAAGCAGGUGAGCGCAGUGGCCCUGCCUGUCGCCAGUGGCUCGGGGCCCGGGGUGGAGCUGCGUGGCCGGUGGGCUGGGCCUGCCCUUCCAGCCCAGCGCCUGGGGGCCGGGCGUCCCUGUCGCUUCCCAGUCGGGGUGCUGGCCGCUGCGCGCCUCACUCCUGCCCUCUGUGGGAAGCACAGUGCUGGGAGCAGAGCCGGAAGUGGAGCCAGGUGGAGCUUGGCACCAGGCACUGGGCUCGGCCAGACCGUGCCCCCUCGCCCUCCCAGGCUUUUAAAGGCACAGUGCACGUGAGGUUUGGAGGCCUGGGGAGCCGGGCAUUUUGCACUGCCCUCUCGCCUGGCCCUCACUUGGGUGCAGUCCUCUCGGCCAGCAGCUCCAGGCCGUGGACACUGUUUUGCGGAGAAGGUGGUGGGAGCCAGCUUUCCUUAGCAGCUGGAGCCGGCUGUUUUAUCAGGCCUUCGCAGCUGUGGAGGAGGCGCCUGGAAUCCAGCUUCCGGAGCAGAAGGGGCCUGAAACCGAAGCUCGUCCGCAUCCCCGAAGGGUACUGAUGAAGAAGCAGAGACUGCAGAGCUAAAGUGACUUCCCUCAAGGUCGCCCAGGUGCUUCCCAAGGGAGGGUCAUGCUCAUGUUCAUGGCCUCUGAUAGUGAGGAAGAAGUGUGCGACGAGCGGACAUCCCUGAUGUCAGCGGAGAGCCCCACGCCACGCUCCGGCCAGGAGGGCAGGCAGGGCCCGGAGGAUGGAGAGGGUGCAGCCCAGUGGGGAAACCAGGAGAACGAGGAGGACUGUGAGGAAGAGCCUGAUCAGUACGUGUGCAGUGGGACCCCCGGGCGGCCACCAGGCCUGGAGGAGGAGCUGACACUCAAAUAUGGAGCCAAGCACGUGAUCAUGCUGUUUGUGCCAGUCACACUGUGCAUGAUCGUGGUGGUAGCCACCAUCAAGUCUGUGCGCUUCUACACAGAGAAGAAUGGACAGCUCAUCUACACACCCUUCACUGAAGACACACCCUCAGUGGGCCAGCGCCUUCUCAACUCCGUGCUGAACACCCUCAUCAUGAUCAGCGUCAUCGUGGUCAUGACCAUCUUUCUGGUGGUACUCUACAAGUACCGCUGCUACAAGUUCAUCCAUGGCUGGCUGAUCAUGUCCUCCUUGAUGCUGCUCUUCCUCUUCACCUACAUCUACCUCGGGGAGGUGCUGAAGACCUACAACGUGGCCAUGGACUACCCGACCCUCUUUCUGACCGUCUGGAACUUCGGGGCAGUGGGCAUGGUGUGCAUCCACUGGAAAGGGCCUCUGGCCCUGCAGCAGGCCUACCUCAUCAUGAUCAGCGCACUCAUGGCCUUGGUGUUUAUCAAGUACCUCCCCGAGUGGUCGGCCUGGGUCAUCCUCGGCGCCAUCUCUGUGUAUGAUCUCGUGGCUGUGUUGUGUCCCAAAGGGCCUCUGAGAAUGCUGGUGGAGACAGCCCAGGAAAGGAAUGAGCCCAUAUUUCCUGCUCUGAUCUACUCAUCUGCCAUGGUGUGGACAGUGGGCAUGGCAAAGCUGGACCCCUCUUCCCAGGGAGCCCUGCAGCUCCCCUACGCCCCAGAUAUGGAAGAAGACCCCUAUGACAGCUUUGGGGAGCCAUCGUACCCUGAAGUCUUUGACCCCUCACUGCCUGGCUACCCCGGGGAGGAGCUGGAGGAAGAGCAAGAACGAGGGGUGAAGCUCGGCCUGGGAGACUUCAUCUUCUACAGCGUGCUCGUGGGCAAGGCGGCAGCCACCGGUAGCGGGGACUGGAACACCACGCUGGCCUGCUUUGUGGCCAUUCUCAUUGGUUUGUGUCUGACCCUCCUGCUGCUUGCCGUGUUCAAGAAGGCGCUGCCAGCUCUCCCCAUCUCCAUCACGUUUGGGCUCAUCUUCUAUUUCUCCACCGACAACCUCGUGCGCCCUUUCAUGGACACCCUGGCCUCCCAUCAGCUCUACAUCUGACAGAUGCAGGAGUCCCCAGGAAGCUGGACACUGUAGGAAAUGGCCCCAGCUGUUUAGUUUGACACUCUAGUGCCAUAUAUUUUUAAGACUUUUCUUU